GAGCUACCAGCCAAUCCUGAGAGGUCUGACGAUCCUGUGAUCCAAGAGGUCCCAAAAGAGUGCUCUGACGUGACGUCAGAUGAAGUCAUCAUCCAAGAGGUCCCAAAAGAGAGCUCGUGGGGAAUCUAGGGUCACAAAUGCCUUGGGAACAGUAAUAAGCAGCCCCAUAACCUGGUCAGUCAUCAGUCUCUUGGCCCUGACAUGGCUGAAGCGAUGAAGGGAAAAUGGCUGGAUCCCUCCCUCAAGAGAGCUGACAUCAGAUGACGUCAUCAUCCAAGAGGUCCCAGAAGAGAGCUAUGAUGUGAGGUCGGAUGACGUCAUUGUCCAAGAGGUCCCAGAAUAGAGCUAUGACGUGAGGUCGGAUGACGUCAUCGUCCAAGAGGUCCCAGAAGAGAGCUAUGACGUGAGGUCGGAUGACGUCAUCGUACAACAGGUCCCAGAAGAGAGCCAAGACGUCCCUCGAGAGCUAUGACGUGAGGUCAGAUGACGUCAUCGUCCAAGAGGUCCCAGAAGAGAACUAUGACGUGAGGUCGGAUGAUGUCAUCGUCCAAGAGGUCCCAGAAGAGAGCUAUGAUGUGAGGUCAGAUGACGUCAUCGUACAACAGGUCCCAGAAGAGAGCUAUGACGUGAGGUCGGAUGACGUCAUCGUCCAAGAGGUCCCAGAAGAGAGCUAUGACGUGAGGUCGGAUGACGUCAUCGUCCAAGAUGUCCCUCGAGAGCUAUGACGUGAGGUCAGAUGACAUCAUUGUCCAAGAGGUCCCAGAAGAGAGCUAUGAUGUGAGGUCGGAUGAUGUCAUCGUCCAAGAGGUCCCAGAAGAGAGCUAUGACGUGAGAUCGGAUGACGUCAUCGUCCGUGAAUUCAUAGAAGAGAGCUAUAACGUGAGGUCAGAUGACAUCAUCGUCCAAGAGGUCCCAGAAGAGAGCUAUGAUGUGAGGUCGGAUGACGUCAUUGUCCAAGAGGUCCCAGAAUAGAGCUAUGACGUGAGGUCCGAUGACGUCAUCGUCCAAGAGGUCCCAGAAGAGAGCUAUGACGUGAGGUCGGAUGACGUCAUCGUACAACAGGUCCCAGAAGAGAGCUUUGACGUGAGGUCGGAUGACGUCAUCGUCCAAGAGGUCCCAGAAGAGAGCUAUGACGUGAGGUCGGAUGACGUCAUCGUCCAAGAUGUCCCUCGAGAGCUAUGACGUGAGGUCAGAUGACAUCAUUGUCCAAGAGGUCAAAGAAGAGAACUAUGACGUGAGGUCGGAUGACAUCAUCGUCCAAGAGGUCCCAGAAGAGAGCUAUGACAUGAUGUCGGAUGAUGUCAUCGUGCAAGAGGUCCCAGAAGAGAACUAUGACGUGAGGUCGGAUGACGUCAUUGUCAAAGAUGUCCCAGAAGAGAGCUAUGACGUGACGUCGGAUGAUGUCAUCGUCCAAGAGGACUCAGAAGAGAGCUAUGAUGUGAGGUCGGAUGAUGUCUUCGUCCAAGAGGACCCAGAAGGGAGCUAUGACAUGACGUCGGAUGAUGUCUUCAUCCAAGAGGACCCAGAAGAGAGCUAUGACGUGAGGUCGGAUGACGUCAUCGUCCAAGAUGUCCCUCGAGAGCUAUGACGUGAGGUCGGAUGACAUCAUCGUCCAAGAGGUCCCAGAAGAGAGCUAUGACAUGACGUCGGAUGAUGUCAUCGUGCAAGAGGUCCCAGAAGAGAACUAUGACGUGAGGUCGGAUGACGUCAUCGUCAAAGAUGUCCCAGAAGAGAGCUAUGACGUGACGUCGGAUGAUGUCAUCGUCCAAGAGGACUCAGUAGAGAGCUAUGAUGUGAGGUCGGAUGAUGUCUUCGUCCAAGAGGACCCAGAAGAGAGCUAUGACGUGAGGCCGGAUGACAUCAUCGAUUUUAUCACACUAGAGUCACGUUAACAUGCAUAGUGUUUAAA